GUUGACAUGACUAAAGUAAAUGUUGACAGUCUUAAGCCUUGGAUUGCCCAACGUUUGACGGAGUUGUUAGGAAUGGAGGAUGAUGUUGUUGUAGAAUUCGUCUACAAUCAACUAGAAGAAAGGAGAAGCACUAUAAACAAAAUGGCCUCCAAGCAUAGUCACUCUCUACAGAGCACAGAUGCGGAUGCUCCCAGUUUUCUCAAUGCUUUGGUAGCUAGAUACUCUUAUCAGCUGCCUCAGAGAUAAAUCAUCUGCUCCACUCAAUGGUGGGUUUGUAUCAUUAUUAUCUAUCCAUUUGGUUUUGUGUCGGUCUAGUUUAGCAUCUGCUGCUUUUAAAAAUUCAAGACAGGUAUCAUACCUUUUAAAGGUUUUUCUUUGAGGUGCUUAGUACAUAACCCUGACAAUUUAAAGAGACUUUGGAAGGAGAAAUGAGGGUGCACAUGCUUCCGCUGUGUUACCGUUGUCCUUUAUGAAAACUUCUAUGGACAAAAGGACAACUUGUUCAUUUGGAAAUAUUUCUCUACAUGAAAAAUGCAUUUUCUUUCUGAUAACCUAUGCCAUUGAAUGGGAGCUAUGCAGGUUUGUCUUGAAGCAACAACAACCUCAAGGAUUUCAAAAAACGGUAUUUUAAUUGAGCAGUCAACAUGGCAGGGAGAAAUAUAACACAAAAUUUUAGUACCUAUAACUUAAUCCUCCCUUGAGGUAAAAGGUUAAACUGUUUUUAUCUCUGAGAUUUAGGCAGCUUGUGUGAUUGAUUGUUGAGUGCUCUUUUGUUUAUUUCUGUUUUAUUGUGCGUGCUGGUGUUACUGAUAGGGCAAAUCUUUUUUGCAGAGAUAACGGACAUUUCAUUUGCUUGGUUGGAUGCCUAGGUUGACCCAGGACAGAGUUGUUUUAGUACUUUUGUCCUGUGUGGUGCUGGAACUUACAGCCUUAACGUUUACUUGAGGGCGGGUGUCAGAGCGAAGCAAGUGAAGUUCUGUCCAUUGAAACAUCCUAACUUUUGUUUCACCGCAACUAUUCAUUUUCAAUUAAAGGAAAAAUAAUGGAAGCCUGAUGAGAAACCUGUUACACGAAGAUUGCCUUAUUAAUGCAGUUUACUAAUGUUAUUAGUGUGAAUAUGUGUGCUUUGUUUUAAACAAAAAACCAUGUUUUCCAUGUUUAGGGUGAAAAAUAAUGGUUUUUAUGACCCCAGUACAAUUUCAUGAGUUACUAAUAUAUAAUAAGCAAUUAAUUCUAAUUACGAGAGCAUAUGAUCUUUAAUUUGUGUGCAGCAAUUUUUUUGUAUUCUCUAAACUCUGCACUCAAUUUCUUGUGAUGCCCUCUUUAAGGUUAAGGUUUUUUUUUUCCGUUACAUUAUAUAGUCAUAAUAUUAAAAAACUCGGUUAAAUGUUAAUCAUUUACUUAUGCAUGCCAUCUUCCCCUCAUGUAUCUUCAGCAUCCAGAUGCAAAGGAAAUGCAAAUCAAUUUGACUGGCUUUCUGAAUGGAAAGAAUGCAAGAAUAUUUCUUAGUGAAUUAUGGGAUCAUUUGUGUAGUGCUCAAGAAAAUGUUACUGGCAUUCCCAAUCAGUUCUUAGAACAAAAGAAAAAUGAAAUUAAACAGCGGCAGGAAGAACAAGAAAGGAUAAAAGAAGCUGUAAAGAAAAAAGAGGAGCAAAUAAAGGAGCAACUUGCUAGAGAAAGAAGAGAAGUGGAAAAGCAAGAGCGGGGAAGUAGAUCACCCAGUAGAAGAAGCAAAAGUAGAGAUAGAGAUGACAAAAGAGAUAGAGAUAGAGAUGACAAAAGAGAUAGAGAUGAUAAACGAGAUAGAGAGGACAAAAGAGAUAGAGAUGACAAAAGAGAUAGAGAGGACAAAAGAGAUAGAGAAGAUAAGCGUGAGAGAGAAGAUAAGCGUGAUAAAGAAGAUAAGCGUGACAGAGAUGAAAAAAGGGAAAGAGAUGAAAAAAAGGAAUCAAAGCCUGUUUCUGAUCAUGGUGAUGCUACUUCAAAUGAUGACAAAAAAACUGAAAUAAAAACUGAACUUAAGGAAGAGGAGCAAGUUGGAGAUGCAAAAACAGAAAUUAACGAAGAAAGCAACCUGAAAGAAAAUUCUGAAAAAGAUAAGCCAAAAGACAGAUCUCCUGAUAACAGAAGAGACAGUCGAGACAAGGAUAGAGAUAGAAAAAGGCGUUCACGGUCUGGUGAAAGGAGACACAGGGGACGAUCCCGUUCACAAGACAGAUACAGGGGCCCAAUGGCUCGUCCAAGACCAGGGUUUGGGCGUAGUCGCUUCACACCGCCAUCUAUACGACGUAGAUCUCGUUCACCCAGACGGUCUAGGUCUCCCAGAAGAAGAACACCUUCGCCUAGGCGACAUUCACCCACACCAAGACACCGCACACCACCAUCAAAACGACGUAGUCCACCUCGUAGAUCAGCUUCCCCACCAUCUCGCCGACAGUCUUCACCUCACAGAAGUGUAACUUCUAAGAAGAAGACUAGGUCAAGUUCAGAGGAAAGCUCCAGCAGUUCUGAAGAUGAGGAAGAAAAGCCAAGAGGGGCUAAAGACGCGUCACCUGAGAAAUCUGGAGUUCAAAAAAGAAGAAACUACAGAAAGCAUGAUGAUGAAAGUGGGAAAGAAUCGUCUAGUUCAUCAUCUGGGGAUUCUAGUGAUGAUGAAAGAACUUCUGCUCAGCCUGUAAAUGGAAGAAGAGAAGAAGGAAGGAGGACACCUUCUCCGUUUGUUCGACGUCAUAGAACUCCUGAACCUAGAAGACGAAGUCCAUUUCCUCGAAGAUUUCCUCCUCAUAUGAACAGAAGGAGAAGUCCUUCGCCCAGACGCAGAUCACCACCUCCUAGGUAUUCUCCACCCAGGCGCCGGCGAUCACCUUCACCUCCAAGGCGAAGGAGAAUGUCACCCUCACCUAAUCGUCGACAAGUAUCCUCACCACCACCACGUGGAGGCAAAUAUUCAUUAUCCCCAUCUCCUAUGAAGAGACAGCAUUCUCCUGUUUCUUUAUCGCCACCUCCAGUAAAACAAAGAAAAAAGUCUCCAGAAUCAGAGGAUGAAAGCUCAUCUGAGUCAGAGAGAGAGCCUUCCCCAUCUCCAAGAGCAAAGCCUGUCAGAGCUAAAGAAAUAGUUAAGUCCCAGGCUUCACCAGUGAAGAAAGCUCCCUCUAAGAAAGAGUCUUCAUCUUCAUCAGAAUCUGACAGUGAGGAAGAGUCUGAAGAUUCUGGCUCCCCCUCUCCUCCAAAAAAAAAACUAAAAGCACCUUCACCUUCUCAAAAGAAACGAUCGCCUAGUCCAGACAAAACAAAAUUGUCCAAACGUACUGCUGACACCCGCCCUAGUAAGAGAUCUUCACGGAGCCCUAGUGCAGGCAGCAGGAACAGAGCUGGAUCUCCUCCCAGAGGUAGAAAAGACAUUGAUUCUUCAAGAUCAAGUGAAUCUCGCAAAGACAAAAGAGAAACAAGGUCAUCUCCCAGAAGAGACAAAAACAGUUCUCUGUCACCCAAAGGACGAAAUCUGUCACCCCGGUCAUCUCCUCGUACACGAAUUAAAAAUAGAUCACCUUCACCCCGGGGUAGAGGUAAAAAUGCCUCCCCACGCAGACCUUCACCAAAGCAGGCACCUAAGCAGCGUUCAGAAAGUCCUGUCAUGCCAUCAAAGCCGGCUCAGCGAAGAAGACCCUCAGCAUCUGGCAGCAGUAGUGGUAGUAGCUCAGAAGACGAAAGCCCAAGGAAACCUAAAGGGGAUGGCAAAAAGGAAACUAAGGUGACUAGUAAAUGGAGUCGUUCUCCAUCUCCAUCCAGGGCAGCUCCCCCCUCUAAAAAACUGAAAGAAACUUCAUUGAGUCCUCCAAAAUCAAAAACACGAGAUUCCAGAGAAUCCAGGAGAGAUAGAUCCCCAGCUACUAGUUUGUCAAGGGCCAAGUCAGCUAGAGAUGACAGAGAUGAUGAAAGGAGGGAAUCAAGGAAAGGCAAAGAGGGAGAAAUAAAAUCCAAAGAUAGAAGUCCUAGUUCUCCACGUCGAGAGGCUGAUCAGAAAGAAAUAGCUCAAAUUAGUGGGAGUGACUCAGGUGAAUCUGAUUCUGAUAAUGGAUCUAAGAAAAAGAAGAAGAAGAAGGAAAAGAAACAUAAAAAACACAAGAAACAUAGGAAACACAAGCAUAGGAAAGAUAAUAGUGAUUUUCAGGAAAAGGGUGAAGAGUUGGAGCGCCGGCUGAGAGAAAAAGCACUUCAGUCUAUGAGAGCUAAAGCUACAACAUCUGAAGACAAACAUACAAGCAACAGUGAAGACAGCAGCAGCAGUAGUGAAUCUACCAGAGCAUAAGUUUACCUUAUUUAGUUUGUUCAUAGGGGUCAGAGUCUAAACAUUUGGCAUGAAUUUUUUACCUGUACAUUUCCAUUUGCAUAUUAGCUAUUCUUGGAUUAGUUUCCCAAUUUCAGUUAAUGGUAUGUUUUUAUACUUUGUUCCCUUAUGCAGAGGUUAAUUAAUUGGUAAUAUAUUGAUUAGUUAUGAGGUGUAUUUUAAACAGUUGAAGGUAUUUUUACUUGUGACAUUUUUUGUUAAUCUUUUAAAUAAUUUUAAUUCUUCUUCAGUACAUGAUUAUACUUUCAGCACAAUUUAAAGCUAUAAUUUUUUCCCCAGCUUAAAUGUCAUCUUUUAAAAACUUUGAGUAACUUUUUAUUAUAAUUUUUUUUUUCUAUUAAUUUUGGUUAAUUGGAGAAGGUGUAAGAAAAUAAAUAAAUGUUUAUGCAUAGACAUUACAAGAAGUAAUAAUGAAUAUUUGCUUUUUCUCAGUUCAGAUAUUACAUAAUUAUCAAUUAGCCAUAGAUUUUAGUAUAACUGAUUACUCACAGGUAUUUAGUUAAAUAAAAUUGUUUUGCUCAACCUUAGUGUAGAGUGGAUAAUUUAAAAAAAAUAACUUGUUUUAUUCUGAUUGUAGGCUGCUUUUUGUUUGAGGAAAGUUUUUAAACCUAGCUUUGUGUAAAAUAAGUUAUUACCAUGAAUACUUCAAUUUGUUGUGUAAAUAUUGCUGUCAUGUUUAUAGAAAUUUUAACAUUAGUUUUCUUGUAACAUGCUGAACUUAAUACAUAAUUAAAUGGUAGCAUUGCAAGAUGAUAUCUUUAAAAAAAAUUUAAAUGUGUAUCAGAGAAAAUGUGCUACUGUUUUUAUUUUUCAACUAGGAAAUAUCAAAACCACAUGAUUUUGGUCAAACCCAUUAAAAAUAUACUCGCCUUCAUAAUUUGCUCUUAAUAAUAUAUAUAAAGCUUAAAGAAUUACUUGUCCCUAUCAACUUUAGUGUUGAAUUGUUAUUUGCAGUAUUUGUUUUAUUUUUAAAAAUUAAAGCAUGUUUGAACAAACAA